AUGGUGCUCGCUUCUCACCAAUCGUCGCAGAAUCAACUCCUCCCUAUGCAGCCUGCGUUGCGGGUGGAGUGUACGACGUGGCACCGGGAUAGCCACGACUUGUUUGACUACGAGACGCGACAUGUGAACGUGAAGCAGUUCGUGGUGACGCGUUCCGCGCGCCUAUUUCGUAUGGAUGCAGACAUCAACUGCGUGCUCGAAUCCGCCCCCAUCCCGGUCCCCGCCGCCCUCGCGCAGCCUGCCAGCGGAGGCGCGUCAAACCUCGCCACGCCGGAGGGCCAAGAGAGCGCCGUCAGUGGAGCCCAGAGCGCGACCGGGGACUCGGGCGACGGAGACGCCGCGCCGGCACCAUCUGGAGGCACACGCCGAGAGCAGAAUAGGCAAGAAGAGGCAGGCGCGAGCGCCGCACAGGGAGCGGCGAACACAGCUGGCGUCACUCAAGGAGAGUCGCAGAAUGCCAACAACACAGCGCCGACUGCCCAGACUUCGGCCGCCGGGGCGGUCGCGGCUGUCGCAGCAGCGUCCAGCACGAGCUCACCGCCUCUCUUAUCCACGGACUUCCUUCUCUCGAUCAAAUGCGUGAAAGACAGCAAAUUCGUGAUUGUGCCGGCAGAUCGGUCGCUCUGCGGUUCCUCCAGCACGACUCUGGUCCCCAAGAAGCUCUGGUCGAUCGUCCGCGAACACAACAACAACAAGCACAUCCUUCAGGAAGGCGACGUCAUCAAGUUGGGACGUUUCAAACUGCGAGUCAAGCAACUGGUGACGAAGAAGAAAUCGGAAGAGAGCGCCGCGAUGGAGGGGGAGGGAGAAGGCGCGCCGGGCGAUGACGACGCCGCCCCUGAACUCCGCCUCGAAGACGGGGAACCUCCGGUCUCACGUGCAGCCCCAGAGGAGAUGCAGUGCCGCAUUUGCCUCCUUGAGGGCAACCAAGAGGGCGAUCCUCUGAUCUCUCCGUGUGAAUGUAAAGGCAGCAUCAAGUUCGUCCACGUCCAGUGUCUUCGCCACUGGAUCAACGGCCGUCUCAAUCUCAACGAACAGCAACAGCGCAGCGCCUUCUUCUUCAAGCAGAUCCACUGCGAACUUUGCAAGGUGCCCUACCCCACAGCCGUCAAAUACGAGAGAGACGAUGGACAGGCUGCAGAGCGCAUGCAAGUCGUGUCUGUGCCAAGAACGGAGCCGCCAUUCAUAAUCUUGGAGAACAUGGUGGGGGUCCAGCAGAAGGGCGUUCACGUCAUCAGUAUGGCCUCCAAGAAAGACUUGAAACUGGGCCGAGGCCACGAGUCGGACGUGCGCAUUCCCGACGUCUCGAUCUCUCGCUACCACGCGACGAUUCGCUUCGUCGAUGGUCACUUUCAGUUGGAAGAUCACAACUCCAAGUUCGGCACCCUCGUCUGUCUCCGCAAAGCCUUCCCCGUCGGCGAUGUCGACGUCGCUCUCCAAGUGGGACGCAGCGUCGUGAAGUUUUCUCUCGACGAGGCGCCGUUGAACGCCCCGGCAAUCGCUGACGUCUCAAACGAAAUCCAGCGCCAGCAGUCCCUGAUUCCUGAGCCGUCUUUCACUCCGGAGCAGUCUUCUUCUUCGGCACCGCUUUCGGGCAGCGCCUCGUCGGCAGGGCCCUCGUCAGCUCAGAGCGCAGGUGCACACGCGUCGCUGUCAUCUCGGCUGCCGCCGCACCACGUUCUGGCCUCUCUUCUGUCAGCAGACAUUCGUCAGCACCAGGCUUCUUCCUCUAUCUCGUCUCAUGGUGCUCACGGCGCGAACUUCUUCAGCGACUUCCAGCUGCCUCCCCACCUCGCUUCGGCGCCCCCGGGCGUCGCCGCGGCGGCGGCUGCUCUGGCCGCCGCGACCGCGGUCGCAAACCGCGGCGCGCCGGUCUCGGGCCGGAGCUCCGGAACGUCCCCUUCGACCGCGUUGGGCUCCAACGCGGGCCCGGCGGGCAACGCCGCCGCUGCAGACGCGGCGGCGGCGGCGGCCGCGGCGGCCGCAGCGGCGGCUCGCUUUGAAGAGGCGAUUGCGGCGGCGGCCGCCGCUGCGGCGGCGGCGAAUCAAGUCUCGGGCAGUCGCGCUGGGCACCCAGCCCCGCACGGGGCGCAAGUCGAAGGGUCGGCGCUGGGGGGCCUUGACGCGCAGGCAGCUCUCAGCGAAGGCAACGUGGCGACGAGUGCAGGACGCCAGGGGACAGCGAGCGGCAGCUACGGCGACUCUGUCCCGCCGUUCCUGGGCCUCCCGCAUUCGCGUGGGGCCAAUGGUGCAACUUCGGGGGCGGCUGUGGGGGCUUCCAGCGGCUCGAACGCGUUCGUGCAUGCAAACGCGAGUGCUCAGCAGCUGUUUGCGCUCCACCAGCAACUACAGCAGCUCCAGCAGGCGCAGAUGUCUGGAAACAACGCGCUCUUUUCCCGUUCGCUUCCAGGCAUGUCUCAGCAAGUUCCCCUCCAUCUGGCCCUCGCGGCGGUUCUCCAGCAGCAACAAGAAGCGGCGGCAGCGGCUGCGGCGGCGAGCCGCGCAUACGAGAACCUCGGGGCUCAGAGUGGCAACUAUCUCGCGUCUGUGCCCGUCUCUCAGGGACAGCUCGGGGGGAGUGCGAGUGUUCCGAGCAACAGUCCGCGCGCGACUCCUGCGCAGACGGGCACCAGCAGCCCGCUCGCGAGCGUGCAGGCAGGCGCCUCCCACGGGUCCGCGGCACCGGGCGGAUCUUUUUACGGCGGGAGCGCGCCCGCAAACCACACGCCGCGCGGCGUUCCAGGGAGCGCAAGAGCCGAGAGCUACGCGCCGAUCGUCAGUUCUGGAGCCGUGAACGGAUUCCACGCGUCGCCGCGGAGCGUGCAUGCGCUGGGGACGACGCACGCAGGGGCCUUCCCCGGUUCUCAGGGCGGGGCGGGGCCCGCCGUUCCCGCCGGGACGGGAAACGCACCAAGUGGAGCCUCCGGCGGCGUGCCGCACUGCAUGCAGCAACAGGGUCUGAGCUACCCAGUCGAAGAGACGGGCAGCCACGCCGCUACGACCGGCAGCGGGGGCCGCGUGUCGUCCGACGGUGCCGCACCAGGCAGCGUGUGGCUCGGGGGGAACUGCGGAACCAGUUUGUAA